CUUGGAUUUUCACAAUUUCAAGUUCUCAGUUACCUCUUGCAUCUUCAGCUAGGAGUUUACUUUCUCAGUUUCUGCGUGUUUGAUAUUCGCCUGAACACAGAUUAGAUAGCCAGCAUUACAACUUUUCAGCAAGUGUGUGCGUGCGCCACCUUGCAAGGUACUUCGAAGAUUACGGAGAUCGUGCGACUUUAUUAGUGCUUUGUACCAAGGGGACCCUGCCCGGACCCUCUCGUGCCAGAUAUCGAAAGACUAAGUUCACUAAGAAGUUGAGGCAGAAUCCUUGACAAGCGUGCUUAUCCAUUGUAAGAGCGUCAUGGGGAUUCCAGCGGGCGGGCUAACAGCUGAUCAGAAGGCGGCAUAUAAUCGAGAUGGCUUCUUAUUGUUGGAGGACUUUGUCAGCCUGGAAGAAUGUGAGCGGCUGAAGCAGCGGGCUGAGGAGUUGGUUGCCGGGUUUGACCCAAAGGACGUCUCAAUCUUCUCAACCAAGAACCAGAAACAACAUACAGACGAUUACUUCCACAAGAGUGCAGGGAACAUUUCUUUCUUCUUUGAAGAGAAAGCUUUCGACGAGAAGGGCCAGCUAGUGCAGCCGAAAGCGUUGUCGAUCAACAAGAUUGGGCAUGCCCUGCACGACUUAGACCCCGCGUUUCGGUCCUUUUCCCGGUCAGAAAAGGUUGCUGCCGUGAUGGCGUCUCUGGGCUAUAAGCGACCGCUCCCCGUCCAGUCCAUGUAUAUUUUCAAGCAACCCGGAAUUGGAGGGGAGGUCGUUCCGCACCAAGACAACACGUUCCUGUACACGGACCCCCCCUCCGUGGUCGCGUUUUGGGUCGCGCUCGAGGACGCUACAAAAGAGAACGGGUGCCUGUGGGCCCUUCCUGGCUCACACAAAGAGGGCAACGUGCGGCGAUUUAUACGAACGGACAACGGGGUCCACUUCGACAAGGACAUGCCGCACUAUGACGUCACGCAAAUGGUGCCGAUUGAAGCGCGCGCGGGCUCGGUGGUCCUGCUCGACGGGAGCCUUAUUCACAUGAGCCACGAGAACCAAUCCCCCAAGUCACGACACGCGUACACUGUGCAUGUCAUCGAAGGUCAGGGGAGCAAGUGGGCGGAGGACAAUUGGUUGCAACGGCCUGUAAAUUUCCCUUUCGAGGCUCUGUAUGAAGAAGCAACUUCAUGCGAAAAGGUUGUCGUAUAGGGCUUCGAAUUUGAGAUCAAAAACGUCAGUCUCAGUCUGUACAUAGUUCUUCUGGUACCGAAUCUGAAUCUAGUCGUGCAGUGGGUUGCACACGUAAGGUGCGCUGGUGGACUGUUACAACUGGCCGGUGGAAGCACACGCUUAUUCAGUUUAUGCAACAGGUCUGCCAAUCUUAGACGGUAUCGUUGCUGCCUUUCUUGCAUCCAAACAUGAGGACUGUCCCAGCUUCACCAACAAAUUGCGUGGUCUUGGUUAGUUUGUUGCAAGCCUGGAGACUCUAGCUGCAAUGAUAUCAGCCUACCUGCAUAUACAUGGCCGCUUUUGAUCAUAGAUGCAUGCUGGUGU